UCAUGUUUAUCAUGACGUGAUAGUAAAACUAUGCAUAAUGUGUGUAAUGGUAUAUUUAUAGUAUAACUGAUGUGAUGAUAUAACCAUUAUAUAUUUAAAAAAAAUGAAAAGCAUUAGUAGCGUUCACGAAAGAAAACUUACAUAACAGGGAAACAUGGUGAAUGGAAACGGCGGCUCACAUGGUGUGGCACUGGAGGGGAUUAUCAUUUUGGGUAAUACUAACAGUUACAAAGACGCAAAUCAACUGGAGCUAAGACUAUUUGGGACAGAUGUUUCUGGAAAGUCUGAGAAAGUAGCAUAUAUCACAAUCUAUCCAUUUUGCAAAAACGAUACUGACAAUAAAAACUCGAUAGUGAGCGAGAAAACAGAAGACAUUAUUACAGAAAAUUUUGCAUAUAAGUCAAAUAAAUCUUUUGUCAGCUUAUGCAGUUUGUACAAAGGUAUAUUUGUCCAGCGUGAUGGCACGGUCAGCUCGGCAUCUCUUGAAACAGGUAGAUCCAGCAACUGCAGUGGCGAUCCUGAAUCAAAUGUUACAAUAUUUUCAAUUGGAUACUCUUCACAACCAAAUGGAACCUAUGUAUUUCCAAACAACUUCGAGAAGAACAGAAACUGUACAGAAACUGAAGAAAGAGAACGAAUUAUAAAGAUUGCGCCAACAACAGAAAAUAAUUCUGGCGCCAAAUCCUAUGUUUUGGUCGAAGGAAUAUUUGUCCAACAUGGCGGGAGAAGCAGUUCAUUAUCGCUUGAAAUCGGUAUAGCCAGUUUCAGCAAUGGUGCAUCAGAAACAAAUGUUACAAGGUUUACAAUCCAAUAUACUUGGCAACCAAAUGAAAGUAGUCUAGAAAUAUUACCACGCAAUAGUGGGCACAGUUUCGACAAUGUCAACUAUUUCAAUAAUAUUAAUGAAACUGGAUUUGAGAAAUCUGGAGUUGAAUCAUUUCACAUUUUUGCCCUGCUUCUUGACAGAAUUGCCAUUAUAAUAGAAGUAUAUAGCGAUUGUCUUACUCUUAAAAGCAAUAAGAAAUCGAACAACGGGCCCACAAAGUUCCAGCUGGUGGUCGUUUCUUCGGAAUUGUUUGAGGAGGCAAUGAGGCAAUGCCAUAUCGAAACUGUAGAACUGACAUACACCAACGUGUUUCCAAGUGACUGCCGAAUGUUUAUUGGUGUACCGAUUUAUAAGCAUGGCUACAUACACAGGAAAGAUCAGCUGUGACAUAUGCAAGUGUGCCGAUUUAUAUCUACUACACUGAUAAAAUAUCAGUAUCUUCUUUACAAAUAAGCAGUUACGUUCCACCAAAUUUUGUGAAGUGCAUUGCAUCUGUUUUUAAAAAACGUUUUAGCUUUAUUUGUUAGUUGGGUAGCUUUAAUAUUGUGCUGGAGGGACUCGUUCCCAUUUCAAACAUAUAUGCUGCACUUGGUGCAUCAUAAAACUAGCUAUCUCCAUAUACAUAUGAAAGACAAAAUGUUUUAUUUCAGCUAAAGUUCCUUGUAAAAAAAAUGUUACUUCCGUUUAACAUGUGUAAACAUAUCGUUCAUCAGAUUUUUGUGUUUAUUAAAUUGACAGGAGUCUGCUAUUUAUUGUACAAUACUUAAUGUUUUUUAUAUAUUUGAAGUGUGCAGUUUGUAAAAAUUUAUACUAUACAAUGUGUGCGACUUACAUAGUCAGUUACAUAUAUGUACUGCGAAACUAAUAAAUUUUGACCAACUAUAGAAUAUGAAUGACCUAUUGUUAAAGUAAUAAGUCAAACCACUGACUCAUUUCAGUAAAAGCUGCUACAAGAUCGUAUGAUAAUUAUAUUCGACGUAAAAAAAGAAGUCACCGGUGGAUCGAACCCGACUUAACACCCCGCUGGCGGUGCUCUUGUUUUAAUUUUCUCUCCUUUUUGAUGCCACUUUGUUCGGCAAGAAAAUGCGGAACCGGAGAAAAUUGAGUUAAAAUUCAUGAAGUAAGAAUUUAAGAAUUUAGUAAUCGGAGGAUCAGUUGUAACGCACAAGACAUUAACUUGCAGAGAUAGUCCCUUUUAUUUCCACAGUUAGAAAAAAAACUCACUUAAAGACUGAGUAAAUGAUUUCUAAGCCCUCGAAAGUACCAACAAUUAUAAAUAUGUACACUGUUCAUGUUUUAUCAUAUAUUAAAUGAUUUUAAGAUUA